UGAGAGAGAAAAUGAGAAACGAUUCAUCCGCCAGCGAAACAACACAGUCCGCGCUGUUUUGGUUUUCCCGCGUCGGUUAUCGGUUCCUCCUGCAAUUUUAAUGUACAAAGCAGAUAUGCAGGCGCAAUGCGAUUGAGGCUGUUAAUGAAUCCGUAAAAGUAUGCGUGAUAGCUGUACUUCCGCUCAGCAGCAUCGAAAGUGGGUCGCUGAUUAGUGACUGAUAUUGGAAUCCAAUCUCGCAAGUUACGGGACGCAGCCAAGCUUUACGCCGGAACACGUGGCAGAGUCAAGCAGACCCCUAUAGAUGUCACAACCCAACCAAAGGUUCAUUUAACAUUGUCUUCAGCAAAGGGGUUGACCCGGAUCAAUAAGCAAUUUUCCGAUAAAUAUUUAAGAGCUGAAGGCUUGAGAACAUUCAUUUUGAAGGAUCUAAGGCCACCGCAAAGGUCAAGAGGCCAUCAUGAAUUGGGACUGGGCAGUCGGUGGCAUCACAGAUGAGAUCCCGCGUACGACGGGUUCCGAGUGCAUCAAUUAUAUGACGGACCGGAGGCGCUGGGUGGAAACGGUUUUGUUAUCAGCCCUGUUUAUUUUCAUCAUGCAUCGCUCCUGGCUGCGUCUGGCGCCAAUAAAGCUUCCGCCUCUACACGAGACUCAGAAACCCCACAGUCCAACGAGACUUUUCCUCCUCAUUGCCUUGUCCAUGAUCUUCGGCAUUGAGAUGGGCUUUAAGCUGGCCGGCCGCUCGAUGAUAUUUGCUCUCAACCCCUGCCACGUGCAGACAUGUCUGCAGAUCUAUCUUCUGGCGGCAAAGCCCACGAAGACAACGACGGCGAUGUUCCGGAUACAAAUGAGCAACUUGAAUGGACCCUUUUUGGCGUUCCUCUUUCCUGAGGUAGAGGGACGCACGUACCCUUUCGAGCAGUCCACUUAUUGGAUUCAGCACGCUCUGCUGUACAUCAUUCCCAUUUACAUAAUUCGGAGCGGAGCCUAUACCGUUGAGGAUCUUGGCGACUUUAACUGGUCCCACAUAGGCACAGCCUUCAUGCUGUUCUACCAUUUCAUCCUGCUCUCGCCGCUUUCCAUAUUUACCGGAAUCAAUCUGGACCAUAUGCUUUGUGCAGCGAUGUCGGAUCCAUUCCAAGGUGCCAACUACAGGUUGUUUGCUUGUUGUCACCAAACGUUGCUCUGUCCGUUGCUUAGCAAGGGGACCGUACUGCUCUUCGGGCGACCGGGCAAGAAAGACCUAUGUGCCAGUGAAACGGUUCCAGCGCCAGAAGGUCUAAUAGACCCUGCGCUUGGAACCGUGCACCAGUACCACCAGUUGACAGCAGCUGAAUACACCACGCAGGAGGAGACGGCGGAGGCUCUGCUACGGCACAGGUACAAUGCCCAGGCAACGGCGGCGACGGGCGUGCCACUCUCCCACGACGUAAAAGAACUGACGAUUGGAGCUGAGUACACCAUGCCCACGACCAAGAUCGACUAGUACAUGGCUUGAAAGAGGGCCCACUGCGUCUAUUAUGUCUGUCAAUUCAGGAACUGCGAACAGCCCUUUCGGUCCACCAUUUGGAAACAGCACCCUAGAUCGAUUUAACUAAAGUAUUUAGGUUUUCAUGUGAGAACUGAAAAUAGAUUGAGUGGAAAAAGACGUGUAGAUAAUAACAAUUAAGGCUAAUAUUUAUGCUCAGUGAGGUUAUACUUCUAAAAAACCAAACAAAAAGUUCUUAAGGUUAAAUAUUUGUUCAAUAGAAACCCAUUUCUGAAUGGUAAAUCAAAAGCAAACCACAUAAAUAGGUGAACAAUAAUUGUGUACAUUUCUAAAUGUAAGCUCCAUGUAGCAAACACAAUAAAUUUCAAAUUCAAA